AUGAACAAAACAAAGAACAUUCAAGUUUAUGAAAUUGUACCACCAGCUGUUCAAACAAAUCUUGGUGGUAGUCAUUCAUUUGGUGAACCACUUGUUGGAUAUUAUGAAGCAAGAAAAACGAACUCACGUGAAGAUGUUGAUAAACAUUUUAUGAAAUUUAAUGAUAAUAUGAAGAAAGUAUUUCAAAGUCAACAACAUUAA